AUGCAACUAAGUAGUUAUUUCUUUGUAAUUUAUACGCAACUUAUUAGUUUAUCACUAUCUGUAUACGCACAUUCGCGGAUUCGUAGCCAUCAUGCUAAGAAUCUUGCGUUUAUAACAUCAAGAUCUAUUGCGCAUAGCUUUACUAGAGUUAAGAAUGGAAAUUAUACUCGAGAAGUAGAAAAAACUGAAACUAAAAGGCCGACAAAACUAAUCAAAGAUACAAAUACCACACUAUCAGAGCGUCUACUAGCCUCUAGCAGCUACAUAAUACCACUCUCAGAUGCGUUACAGGCCUUUGCUUUCCCUCUGAUAAAAGUUUUUCCGCAUAACUUGUCACGUAUAAUUGAAAAAAUCGUAAUAUUCCAAUCUAACCUAAACCAACUACCUCUCUACUCCUUCUCAAUGUUCUCAUUCAUCUAUUUCAUCUUUGUCAAAAAGAAUCUACUGCAAUUUUCAUACUUCAUUAGAUAUAACUUCUUACAGGCGCUGCUUCUUGAUAUGUUUGAGCAUUUAAUAUCGACGGUUUACUUCCAAGUUUUUCCAUUUUCCGUGCCAGAUGAGACGAUAAUCACACAAAUCGCCUUUUAUAGCUCAAUUAUUGCGGGAUUUGGUAGUUGCUUCCUUGGAAUAAUUCAUUCCCUUUUAUCUUAUUAUCCAUGGUUUCCAAUAAUCUCCGAUGCAGUUAUUCUACAUAUCGGUAAGGCACAAGAUCUGUCAAGCAAAUAG